UAAAUAAAUACCUCCUUAACCCUUUUGGCAUCGCCAUUUCCAAAAUUCUCCAAUUUCGCUUUCAGAUCUUCCAAGUUCGUUGUGAAUGGUGGAAACCCUGUUCAUCUUCGAUUUCAUGCGCUCCCUUUUGCCAUCAAGGGCGAGCGCUCUUCUUCUUCCUCCUUCUGCUUCCUCUCUCUUCGCUUUCGGUUCUUGCAAGCAAGGCUGGUAUUAUCGCUGCCUCGGCGUCGACCCCUAAAUAAUCUAGAUCGCAAUAAAUCGGACCCAACCCCGCAAUAUUCAUCACCAUUUUCAAUUUUUUUUUUUUUGUCCCCCCACAAAAUUCGUUCUCGGAAUUCAACAUUCUGUUUCUCUGAUUUAUAGAUCUCGGGAUUUUGGGUCCUAAUUGUGAAAUUUCGUUCUUUCUUUUUUUGUUUUUUGAAAAAAAGAAAUUCUUUUGAUUUGUUUUGGAUUUGUGAGACGAUGUUGCUGAGUAAGCAGAAGAAGAAUCAGAAUGCUGCCAAUUGCAAGAGGCUAUUGAUUAGCAUAAAUGUGAUGGGAAGCGCUGGCCCAAUUCGAUUCGUUGUGAAUGAGGAGGAGCUCGUGGCGGCGGUGAUCGACACCGCCCUUAAAUCUUAUGCUCGUGAGGGUAGGCUUCCCGUUUUGGGGGGUGAUAAUAGCGGUUUCUCUCUCUAUUGUCCCAAUGUUGGAUCUGAUGCUUUGAGUCCGUGGGAUACAAUUGGAUCACAUGGAGCUCGGAAUUUCAUGCUAUGCAAGAAGCCACAGAGUACGAAUGAGGCAGCUGAUGAUGGAAGUGGGACUGCACCACUUUCGCGCAGGGGAAGUGGUAGUUGGAAGGCUUGGUUAAACAAGUCCCUCAACCUGAAGAUUUCUUCCCAUUAAUGAAUCAAAUUAAAAUUGUGGGGAAUUAAGCGUUUUUUACAAUGCUGCUUUAUUUAUUAUUUUUAGUUUUUUUUUUUUGGGUAAAUUUACUUUUUUGUUCCACUUUGGUUGUGUUUAUGUUAAUGGUUGUCUCUGUUAAGCGUUAGCUAGAGACGCCCCUGAACUGUUGCAAGAGUGAAGUAUUUUUCAUAUAUUUGGAGAUACACCUUUCAGCUUUGAUGAAAUAAAAAUGAUAAUUUUGCU